AAAGCAUGGCAUCAGAGAACCUCAAGGUUCCACCAGACGCCAUCUCAGCCAGCCCAGCAGCAGCCGCAUCUUCCCCAUGGCCUUCGUGCUCUCUCUACUCAUGGCCCUGGUGCUGGUCAGCUACGGCCCGGGAGGAUCCCUGGGCUGUGACCUGUCUCAGAACCACGUGCUGUUUGGCAGGAAGAACCUCCGGCUCCUGGGCCAAAUGAGGAGAAUCUCCCCUCGCUUUUGUCUGCAAGACAGAAAAGACUUCGCUUUCCCCCAGGAGAUGGUGGAGGGCGGCCAGCUCCAGGAGGCCCAGGCCCUCUCUGUGCUCCAUGAGAUGCUCCAGAAGAGCUUCAACCUCUUCCACACAGAACGCGCCUCUGCUGCCUGGGACACCACCCUCCUGGAGCAGCUGCGCACUGGACUCCAUCAGCAGCUGGACGACUUGGACGCCUGCCUGGGGCAGGUGAUGGGAGAGGAAGACUCUGCCCUGGGAUGGACGGGCCCCACCCUGGCUGUGAAGAGGUACUUCCAGGGCAUCCAUGUCUACCUGCAAGAGAAGGAAUACAGCGACUGUGCCUGGGAAACCGUCAGAGUGGAAAUCAUGAGAUCCUUGUCUUCAUCAGCCAGCUUGUAAGAAAGGUUAAGAGUGAUGGAUGGAGACCUAAACU